ACAAUUCCUUUAGAAAAUUUGACUUGGAUAGUUUAAACAAAAACUUCAAGAAUAUGAAUCCCGUUGUGUUUAUUAAUGUUCUAUCUCAAAAAACUAAGACUAAACCUCCGAUUUAUACUUUUAUAACAAAUGAAAAGAACGACUUUUGUUGCAAAUUGGAGUACAAUGGCAAGACAUUUAAGGGUAAAGAUUACCAACAAAAUAAGCAGAUGGCAAAACACUAUGCAACUCGUAAAGCUGUGAAGUACCUAAUUGAUAAUUUACCUGCAAAGUUGGUGAAGGAGAUUACUCAAGCAACUUUAAAUGCAGUACAAUUACCUCGAAAAAAAGGGAAAGUCGGAGAGAGCGAAGUUUUACCUUCGAUCAGGUGGUACCAAAGAACAUUGAAUCAAUUCCCACAGAAAAGACCUGUAGUUCUAUUACUCGAGUUUUGUCAAUACCAUAAACUUGGUUUCCCCAUAUAUCACGAGAAUCUUGAUGAGAGAGGUCGUUACAAAUUCGAUCUUCGCGUAGGCUCUCGUGAAUUCAAGCCCAACAGGUCCUUUUUACACGUACCAAAAUCAAAGGAUCACGUUGCAGAAAAGGGAUUUAUAGCCUUAUUCUCUGAUUUCUGCUACAAAGAACAACGUGAACUCGAUACAAGGAAAGCACAAAAUGGAAAAUAUGGGUUUCAUAGUAAUUACUUUCGUCCAACAGUAUGUCCAUCACAAAAUGCACCUGGCUCUACUUAUAUAUCAUCGGAAUUGGGAUCACCAUUUGCAAGCGCAUUUACGGAAUAUUACCUCCAAAAACAAAGCCAUAAUCAACAAACUUCAAUAUCCGAAUCUUGGACAGUAUUGAAUGAGGGUAACGAAGAAGCUGUUGAUAUGGAAAUCGAUGAGAUAGACGACGUAUAUUAUUCACGCGUUCUUUUGGAAGCCGAGCCGAAGCAAGAAGGCUUUCGCGAUUUGAUUCUGAAAAUAGUGAGGAGUCACGGAUAUCAUCCAUACUUGCCUCCACCUCAAUAUUGAAGAUGUUGAAGGUGGAUUUAAAUGUAGUAUUCGAGGAAAGGAUUUUAAUUUUAUGUCAAACAAGAUAUGUUACACAAAAUCAAAUGCGAUGGAAGAAGCUGCGAGAAUGGCUUAUCGAUUUUUCGGUAAGGAGCGAAUGGACAUAAUAAUUCAUUAUUCAUGAAGUUGAU